UGCAGAGCUACUCCAAAUCUACGAGAACUUAAAAGAGGUUUUAUCUGCAUUGAGUUUUGAAGCUGCAGUAAAAGUUCAUGAGUGAGCUGCCCUACAAAUAACCCAAGUAUGCAAAGUGUCAAACUAAGCUAUGUUAAAAACAUGUUUAACUUUGCCUUCCACUGCCACAGUGCUGAUAAUAGCAUUUAAACAGUUUGUUAAAUCUAUGAAUAAGAUGAGUUUCCAUGACUCUUUUUCUAGAAAUUGUUAAAUGGAUAAACCUCUAUAUGUGUAGUUGGUAUACUGGGAGGGCUAUAGUGGACAUCCUGCUAUCACGUGUGUUUAAACUCGCUGUGCCUAUUUGCUCAAUCUUUGGAAAUCCUGGAGAAAGGGCCAGAAUUUUAACUUCAGCCACAGUAAUGGCUCCGAGAGAAAAAGGCGACAUGUUAGGUGAAACGUGGACAAAUGGUUGCCCCAGUCUAUAAACACAGAACUAUUAAUAGUGUGGGCAUAUUUGAUGUGACUGAGAGGAUGCUUCUCUUUGCCAGAACGGCAUUGAUUUUUUUAAUUAUUAUUAUUGUUAAAAGCAUUAUUUCCUGUUCUUUUUGAGUGCAUGGACAUACUGUAUUGAUUUGGGAAACUGCUCCUGUGCAUCAGAUGCUCGCUUGAGCCAUUACCUGAAUUUCCAUUCUUUCCUUUAGGCACCUCCCUCUCACCCUGGGCAACUGUAAAACCUUAAGUUAUUAUUGACGUUCAAGAGGGCAGUAUACAUAGACGUAUACUGCAGUCAUUCCUCCUGCAGCUGUUCUUGGUGAAAUCUAAUCUGCAUGAACUGCACCACUGUGUUCUGAGUUUGUUCUCGAUUUCCUAAUAACUAUGAAGUAAAGACUACUGCACUCAAGUUAAAUUUAUCUUAUUGCAGGAACAGAUUUACUGUUGAAUCCCUUCUUGGCUAGAUCUAUAAAUAAAACCAGCCAAAGGCUUUUCCAGUCUUGAGCCAAGUGACAGUGCGGAAGGGCUGUGUCCUGAGGUCACUGUCUCAUCCCGUCUGUGAGCAUCAUGCUGGUGGAGGUUGAUGAAACCAUCAGCCCAUCUAAGGCCGCAGCAACUGACACAAAGUUGCGCAGGACUCUGUGAGCUUCUUUACUUUGGAAACCCUGAGGGCUUUCAAUUCUCUUUUUUUAUGUGCUGUUAGUUUCAACCACCCCACUCCUGGCAGGUUGUAUUCUUGCCUGUUCUAUAGCUUGUUUGAUGUUACAAAGCAUUUCACCUUAAAUGUGUGUCUCCAUCCUCCUCUUUUCCGGUGUGCUAAGUGCAGAAAACAAAUUAACUUCAUCUGAAUGUUGUUCUGGGCCUGAUCCCGUUAUGGCACACAGGUGGAAAUGGCUGAGAACUGUCAUGAUGCUUCUCUUUGGACUUGGACUCCUGAUGCCUGAGAACAACCACCGAGCAGGAGGGAAGAAUCCUGCAAAGCAGCCUUGGACUAGGACCCUCUCAGCUAAAAACAUAUAAAAGUAAACAGCUGUUGCAGCUUCUAGAGUGGAUAACAGCGUUGUGCUGCAUCCCAGCAGCAGUUUUCACUCUACACGUGACACUGACAUUUAACUGAGAUUUGGUUUUGCACUGGAUUUGUGUACACAAAUGGUCAGCUUCUAGGCUGCCCCACCAUCAAUAAUGAGGGAGACCCUUGUGGAGUUUUAUCCUCUCAGGUCUUGUGCCACUUCUCAUCAUUAACCUUCAAGCCCUCUGGGCUGCCUCUUGCUAACAGAGGUCCCAGAAAAGGUUGAAGCUGUUUUGCCUUCUCUGCAAUUUGGAAUAUCCAAAAGUGAAUAUCCUUCAUUAGUGGAUUAAGAUUCCAGCAUGUAAAUAUUUCCAGUAGUCAAAAAGAUUGGUUGCUAGAACAACUUUUUGGUACAAAUAUCAGCUUAUCAUAGCCAGGCUGGAGGCUACGUAGCACAAAUAUAUGUGAUGUUGUUCAGUCGAUGAAUCAGGAAACUCUUCCUUUUUUCUUCCCAGGAGAUAUUUUAUGCACAGAUCUGGAAAACUGCAUUUUGCCACAUAACUUUUCUAAGGCCCAGCCAUCGUGGCACAGGGAACAAUCAGGCAGGGGAGGAAAAAUAGCUCCCUGAGAUUGGCUCUAGUACUAAUGCCACUGAGUGCGUAAUCAUGGCUGGAUGUGGCCUUUGUUCAAAAGAGGUGGUACCCAUGUUUGAACUUCUUUUAAUGUUUUUUUUUUUAAACACUUCUACUUGAAAUGCUCCCACAUUUCCAUUUCAAUUAUUUAAGACUAGGAAAGCGCAAUUAUAAUUCUAGUUAUUAUGUGCAGUUUUAUUAUGUUUUGUAUUUUCGUUCAAACUAUAGUAAUUACUGCAGUAUCCAUGGUGACAAAACAUGUCAGCACAAACAUGAAAAGACCUUGGUCUGGCAGCAGUUUCCGUACUGCGUAAUAAGUUCCUCCUUUGAAUUAAAGGUAUAUUUACCUCCAAAUGACUGAAACAAACUGCACAAUUAGCUGUCUCAUUUGUAGUCUUUGAAAGUUCUCUACAAGCUUUUAGUGUCCUUUCGUGGGUUUUUUUGGAGAAAAUUUCAUUAAAGUAAAAUGUUUUAACUGCCCGCUAAACCUAUUUUCUGUGUAUACUAUCUGUAAAAUACUAGGCAUGCUUCAGAGGUGUCGGCUUUCAUCACGUCAAACUGUAGCUACUGUUUUUUGCAAUAGGAAUUUUGUAUUUAUUCCUUGUGGAACAGGGUUCUGAGAAGAUACUCUGACAUCAUUAUGAGAUCAAAAGGACCUAUGCAGGUUCCUUUGCCUUUUGACACCCAUUUAGUUUUCUUUCCCAGGGAAUACGUAGAUAUUUCUUAUAUUGGUCAGGACAUCUUGCUAGUUUAUUUAUUCUUAUAUCUAUGUUGAAUAAUGAAAUAAAAAUAGACUUUGUUAUUUGUGCUGUAAACCAACAAGGAAAUAUCACUUUUUGUGUUAUGUUUAUUGCCCAAAGGGGACUUUGAUCUCACCAGCUGAAAAUGAUAAGCAUGUUAUAUAGUUUGUGGAUCGCUCUCAAAGGCUUAUUCCAGUCCUUUGCCUCAUCGUCACUGAAGCGUUUGUCAAGAUAACAACUAACUGAUGAUAUGACAAAUGAAAUGAUUCUUUACAAAUACAGUACAUAAGAAACGACCACCCGCUUUUGCCUUCAGUGGAGUGUUUUUUCUGCAGUGCCCAUGGCGCUUUCUAGAUCUCUGGUUUUUGUGCUGAUCAGUUGGGUUACCUUCAUCCGUCUUGAUGCACAACAAACCACAAGUAUAAAUUGUGACACAACACCAGACAUAAUCACGCUGUCAAGCUUUUUGGAUGAAUACGCAGGUGAUAUAGAAUGGAUUACAAACAUCCCACCCAAUGUAAAUUUGAGAUUAAAAGACUAUCUGAUCCCCGAACACUUAGAAUACGUGGAGCUAGUUUAUGAUACUGGGUCUAAUAAUGCGACAGUGAGGACUCGUAAGCCACUGGAUGUUGAUUCUAUUGAGAGUGAUCAUCUCUUUUACGCUGUUGUUUGCCAAAGGGUUGGAACGACAAGUGAGAUAGAGAAUCCACGGGACUUAAUCUUAGAAGAUGUAAAUGACAAUUCUCCGCAAUUUCUACAAAGUCACUAUAACACUACAGUGUCAGAGGUAUCGGCAAUAAAUUUCACAGUUAUAAAAGUGGAAGCAGUGGAUAAUGACUUUUCACCUUUCUUUAGCCUCAUUACUUACAGUCUUUGGGGUCCAAACUCUGAUUACUUCUACAUAAGAGAAGGAGAUGGAAACAUCAUGGUGAAUAAAACAUUGGAUUACAACAAGGUCAACGUUUUCAAUUUAACAGUCCAAGCAAAGGAACGACUUGGAAACAACAGUGAUACUGCAUCAUUGCUAAUUAAUGUACAAGAUUACGAUACGUUGAACCCCUAUUUCAGUCAAGCAGUUUACGAUGGAAAAAUCAGUGAGAACCAGUUGGGCCCGCUGGCUGUUCUCCCAGAGAACAUAUUGGCUCAAGAUGGAGACACAGGUAUAAAUGAAAAAGUCGUUUACAGCAUCAAACUAGUGAAACCUGCAGCCUAUAGCGACAGCUUUUUAAUAAACGCAGACACUGGAGUGUUGGAAGUCAAGACUGCAGUUGACAGAGAGGAAUGUCCAUCCCUUGUUGUGGGCAUUCAGGCAGCUCAGCAAGACAAUGUUUUCAAAACAGCUGAUGCGACAGUACUGGUUACCAUCGAAGAUGUGAAUGACAAUCCUCCGGUAUUGUCACAGUCAAGUUACAGUGUCUCAAUUCCAGAAAAUUUCCCUAAUGGGAUGGAAGUUCUUCAAGUAACAGCUACUGACAGAGAUGAGGGAGGCUUCCAGGGAACGUUCAUUCUCACUCCAGCUGACAGUCCCUUCCAGCUAAGCGAAGCUGGGAUCCUAACUGUGAGGAACUCUGCACUGUUGGAUAGGGAGAGGAUACCAUCUGUUCAUCUACAGGUCACUGCUAGAGAUCAUUUGCCACCUUACGAUGAGGUGCACUCUCCAAUCAACAUAGUGUUGCUGGAUGAAAAUGACAACAGCCCAACCUUCAAAGACACACCAUAUAAACAAGAUAUUUUCACCAACAUGACUGCAGGAAUGUCCAUUCUCCAGGUUGCUGCUGAUGAUCCGGAUGACGGUAUAAAUGGAGAGAUAAGCUUUAACUUAGCUGGUGGCAAUGAAGAUGGGUUCUUUGAAUUGGAUACAUCCACAGGACAAAUCAGUUUAAAAACAGUAAUCCCAUUAGGACUCAACGAGCUUAAGAACUUUGUCUUGUGGAUAACGGCUAUUGAUGGUGGAACGAUUCCAAGGAGUUCAUCAGUGCCAGUAGAAAUCUUUGCAGUUGGAAACGCCAGAGUACAGUUUAUUCAGAAAACAUAUAACGUGUCUGUGGAAGAAGAGCUGGUCAGUCCUGUUGAAGUAGUGAGGGUAGAGUAUGAGUCUUUAAAUCCUCACAUACCAGUCACAUUUCAAGUACUGACGGAAUCUGCUACAUUCGACAUCGAUGCCAAUGGGAUCAUCUCAACAAAAACCAAACUGGACUAUGAAUCCAAGAAUAAUUACAUACUAAGUAUUUCCUUGUCAGAUGGAAAUGCUACUGACUAUGCCACAGUGUUUAUCAGAGUUACAGAUGUCAAUGAUAACAGUCCUGUGUUCGGUAGCAUCAGCACCACCGUUACCGUUCUGGAGAACGCACCAGCUGGAACUAGUGUUGCCAGAGUGUCAGCGACAGAUGCAGAUGCGGGUUUUAAUGGAGUAGUGGUUUAUACUCUCAAAGGUGGGGAAGGAAGAAUGGAUAUUGAUACCUCGGGCUUAAUUUCACUGGAAAAAGAACUGGACAGAGAAAAACAAGGCUUCUAUAACUUAACAGUGAUUGCAAGUGACCAAGGCCAACCGAGCCUGACUGCAGCUCUCAAUUUGACAGUCAUCGUUGACGAUGUGAAUGACAACCCACCAGUCUUCUCAUCAAAUAGAUAUGAAAUGAGCGUCCCUGAAGACGAAGUGCUCGGAAAGUCACUGCUAACAGUGUCUGCUACUGAUUUGGAUGCCGGGGCAAAUGCUCUCGUGAAGUACAGAAUUGUUAGCCAGCAACCUCCAACCUCCUCGCCAGUGUUUCUGGUCGAUUUGACCACGGGCCAGCUCAGCCUGAGCCAGCAGCUGGAUUAUGAAACCACCAAGCAAUUUGAAGUAGAAGUGGAGGCGUCAGAUGGAGGGCAGCCAAGUCUCAGCGCUACAACACUUGUUGUCAUACCUAUACUAGACGUCAACGAUAACCCACCAGAAUUUAACCAGGCAGCUUAUGAUAUAUCUGUGUUUGAAAACCUGCAAAAGGGUAGUCCCAUCUACACCUUCAGUGUUACUGAUAAGGACGAGGCUGGCUUUUCUCAGGGAUACUUCAUUCAUAACAGUACUUUGCUUACUGUGGAUAUCCCUGGAACACUUUCAUUAAGGAAUGACACUGAACUGGACAGGGAGACUACAUCUGAAUUCACUUUACAGGUAUGGGCAGUUGAUGCUGAAACGAAUGGUCUUAGUUCAAGUGCCUUGUUCCGCAUCACUGUUCUGGAUGUCAAUGAUAACAACCCUGAGUUUGAGAUGCAGUCAUACAGCUUUGCGAUUCUGGAAGGAGAUUACACGUCGGGUGCUCCUGCUAGAGUUGGACAUGUCACUGCUACUGAUUUGGAUGAGGGAGAGAAUGCACGAAUUACUUACUACUUAUCAGCUGAGGAUGGGGAUAAUCCGUAUAGCAUCCAACAGGACGGAACCAUUUUGGCCAACGGCUUUGUAGACCGGGAAGCUAAAGAGACUUAUGAGCUGCUGUUGGUGGCAUCUGAUAACGGAGUACCUCAAAGGCAGAAUUUCACAUAUGUCAGCGUUCAAGUAUUAGAUGUGAACGAUAACCCUCCUCAGUUUACGAGAGCACAUUACUCAGCCAACGUACGUGUAGCAACAGCAGAAGAAGGAGCGUCUGUGCUAUCUGUGUCUGCUACUGACCUUGACCUUGGGAACAACUCUGUUAUUUCAUACAGCCUCCUGAACCAUUCUGAUGAUUUCCGUAUAAAUAACCGCACUGGAGAAAUCACCCUCAGCAGUAACUUGGACUAUAUCACAGCUGACACAGUUGUUACACUGAUAGUCAUUGCUGCUGAUCACGGAGUUCCUCAGCUCACAUCAAGUGCCUCUGUUACUCUCUACUUGCUGGUAAACGACGCUGGUUUUGGCCUGGCUUUCGACAGCUCCAGCUAUGAGUUCAGCAUUGCAGAAAAUGAACCGUCAGGGGCUGCCGUGGGCUCCGUGAAGGCUCUGCCAGGCAGCAUCGCUGUACAAGUCACAUACUCCCUGAAAUCUCAUAGUGACAAGUUCUCCAUCAAUGACCAAGGGGACAUUGUGGCUCUUGCCAGCCUAGACCGAGAAGAAGUCGACCAAUACAGCCUCAUUGUAGAAGCUGUUGAUUCUGUGGUGCCACCCAAUACAGCUGUUGCUUUGGUAACCGUGAGAGUAAAUGACAUCAAUGACAACGCUCCGGUUUUCUCAACGUUGAUUCAAACUGAACUCUUGGUUCCUGAGAAUGAAGCCAGUCUAGACCUGGGCGUAUUUUCUGCUACUGAUCUGGAUAUAGGAGAUAAUGCACUUAUAAGCUACUCUCUGCAAGACGAUUUUGCUGGAAUAUUCCAUAUUAGCAGUUCUACUGGCGAGCUGAUGACAAAAAAACCCUUGGACAGAGAGAUGGUGGACAGUUAUGAAUUAAAAAUAAUAGCCGCUGAUUCUGGCAGACCCUCGCAAUCUGCAAGCUUAGUUCUUCGCAUCACUGUAGAAGAUGUGAACGACAACCCACCAGUGUUCCCCCAGAAAUCGUACUCCGUGACUGUAAAAGAGAAUGAGCCUCCACAUGUGAUUUUGAGUGCAGCAGCCACAGAUGAAGACAUAGGGUACAACGCCAUUAUUCAUUACACCAUAAUUGGAGAGACUUCUUUGUUUCAUGUUGGAGAACUUUCUGGAAAUAUUACAACUCUUCAGCCUCUGGACUAUGAGAGUCGUUCCCAGUAUACAUUUAUUCUGAAAGCUUUCAAUCCUGGAGACCCACAUCUCCAGGACACAGCAAACAUUACAGUUACCGUGGAAGAUGUUAAUGAAGAAGGACCCAUAUUUGAGAAGCCCUCAUAUCAGCAGUUCCUUCUGGACAAUUCUACAGCUGGCACGCUGGUAGUGGAUAUCAAUGCAAGAGAUGAAGGCAAGGGUUAUGAUGAAGGCAUUUCCUACAAUAUUUCAGAUGGGAACUCAGAAGGCCUCUUCAGUCUUUCCAGUGCCACAGGAGAACUCAGGUUAACGACAGACUUAACAGCACAGACCGAUCCCGUUUAUUACUCCUUGAACAUCGCUGCUACGGAUUCGGGUCUGCCGCCUCUUUCAACAUCUGUAAAGGUGACAGUAGUGAUAGCUCCCAUCAGCGUUUCGUUCCCAGUGUUCUCAGAAGAAGCCUAUCGCCCUGCCCCGCUGAGCGAGAAGGCACCGCCAGACACGUUCGUUGUACAGAUCAGUGUGCUCUAUACGGGCCCUGUGAUAUACAGUAUUGCAUCUGGAGAUGGACAGGGGUAUUUCAUUAUCAAUUCAUCCACUGGUAUUGUAAAAACAAGACAGAAUUUGAAAGCGGAAGAUUUUCCAGUUGUUUUCAAUGUGCGAGCAACGGAUUUGUCUGCUACUAACAUAUUUAGGGAAGCUUCUGUGUAUGUGGAAGUUACUGAUGAAAAUGACUUCUCUCCGGUUUUCCCAUCCUCUCUACUUGAAGAAAGUUUGGAAGAGAAUUUACCCGCGACUCAGAUCGUCCAGCUGCAAGCUCAGGAUAGUGACACAGGUAGAAAUGGUCUCCUAACGUACGGCAUUCUUAGUGCAGAUGCACGAAAAUUCAGGAUAGAUGCAGCAACUGGAAUUCUUUAUUCCACUGCCCCCUUUGACUAUGAAGAGGAACCUACAGAGUAUCAGGUUGUGAUAUACGCUGAAGAUGAUGGAAUCCCUGAGAAGAAAAGAGGUUACUGCACAGUUGUCAUAAAGAUCAUUGAUGUUAAUGACUGGCCACCUGUCUUUGACCCAGUGACUGAAUUCAGUGUAAAUGAAAAUGCGCCUGUGGGAUUCGUAGUUGGAAAAGUCACAGCAACAGACAGAGACACAGGCGACAACGCCUUUGUUCUGUACAGCCUUACAGGUGGUGGAGGAAAUAUAUUUGAAAUAGAUGAAAUAAACGGUGACAUUAAGAUAAAGAACUCUCCGGACUAUGAAACCACGAAUGAAUACAACCUCACGGUGAAUGCAGUCAACAGUAAAUCUGCCCCUUUCCAUGAGGCAACUACUCAGGUGGCUGUUCUAGUGAUUGAUGUGAACGAUAAUGCUCCAGUAUUUGCUCAGAAUUCCUAUUCCGCCUCCAUAAACAUGAUUAAUCCUGUAGGUGCUCAUGUCAUAACGGUGAGCGCUACCGACCAAGAUGAGGGGGAAAAUGGCCUUAUUGAGUACUCCAUCCUCCCCGAUCGGGACUUCAGCCCGUUCUUCCUGAUAGAAGACACACGUGAGGGGAACAUAAUUACAACUGGGAACCUGUCUGCAUCUGGAGAGAUCCAUUUAACAGUCAUGGCUAAGGACAAAGGCUCUCCAGCUCUAAAUGCCACUGCUAUUAUUACUAUUAAUGUGUUGGACAACCGUCCAUUUGUUCCUCAGUUUAACGAGAGCGAAAUCAGCGUUUCCGUUUUGGAAAACACAGGAGUGGAUUAUUUAAUUUAUGCUUUUACUGUGGUUGAAACUUUAGGAAAACCGAUUCAUUAUACGGUCGCAUCUGGCAAUGAAAAAGGUCAUUUUAGAUUGGAUCCAGAAAGUGGCGAACUGAGAACAGCCAUUAAUUUGAACUAUGAGGAAGUUUCUCAGUAUGUGAUUUUAAUUGAAGCAAAUGAUAAUUUCUCAUCUGCCGCAAAAGUCCAGCGUUCAGGCCUGUUUGCUCAAAAUGUGGCGAUGCUGACAAUCUCGGUGCAGGAUGUGAAUGAAGCGCCAGUAUUUUUGAAUAACGCCUACUCUGCUCGGAUACCGAACUCUGUGCCGUACAAGUACCCGGUUAUUACAGUUCAGGCCACAGAUCCAGAUUCAGGAGACAACGGACUUCUGCUCUACAGCUUAGUGGAUAGUCAAACAAACGAGUUCGACAUCGAUGAAAAUACAGGGCAGAUUUUUACAGUUUCUGUAGCAGGAAAAGCUGGAACAUUUCAUCUGGAAGUCCAAGCUACAGACCAAGGCACAACAAGACUCACCGCCUGGACAACAGUCAGUAUAACCGUUGAUCCCAGUUCCAGUAACAACAUCGUGGUGGUGACACUUAAUCAGAAGAUCAAUGUUGUUGAAAGAAACAUUGCUGAAGUAAAAAGGGUCCUGGAAGAUAAACUCGAGUGGAGUGUGUACAUCAUUGAUGUUUAUUCCAAUGAGGUGGAAAGAAAAGCAAGAAGCAGCACUGAUGUAAGCUAUGUAAAAAUUAUCGCUUUCGAUGGGGCAAACAAGGAAGUACCUGCAGAAGACGUAAAAAGAAAACUUAGAGAGCAGCAGAGGAACAUAGAGAUAGAACUGGAGAAAGUAUUUUCAACGCCUGUUAGCGCUGCCAUUGAAGAGGCUCCUGCUGACCCCGCAACUCCUGAACUCAUCGCGACCAUCGUGCUCAGCGUCCUGCUCGCCUGCACCCUCGUAGCCUUCCUGCUUUACGUAAUUUUUUCUAUAAAAAGGGAAAGAAAGUAUAAGCAACAGUAUUUGGUUAAGAAGCAAGCUGACAUUAUUCAUGGUAUUGAUAAUCCGUGUGCAAUGGACAAAAAUGGAAGCCUGAAAAGCUUAGAGAAACCAGAGCACACGAAUAAUGUGAAAACGGAAAUAAUAGCGUUUAGCAACAUGGGAGACACCAAAGGAGGCGAUGCUGGCAAGGGUGUAAUUGAGGCCGAUGAGCAGUGCAGGUACCUUGACACGCUGCUGUGGGAUUAUGACAGUGAACGGGAAGAAGAUGCAGCAUCUGGAAAAGCCGCCGAACCUACAAAUGUAGGAUCCCUGCCCGCUGCAGAGUUCACAACAAAACAGGAUUCCUUUCUGACAGACACAAAUCAAGAGUCAGAUCUUCCCGUAACACCUGAUCCCCAAAAGCCCACCCCUGAAAAAGAACUGAAAGGAGUAAAAUUUUCAGAAGUGGCCAUUAUUUUGGACGCAGACUCAGAAGAUAAUGACCCUGAUGAUAACGAUGUAUUUUUCCACUAAUAAGAAAACUUUUAGGAAAACCACACUGACGCUGGUCGCAACAGUACAGAAUUGAAUGAGCAAUAAGAAUACGGGGACGCUAUCCAGAUUUUAAUUCCUGCUACUCCUGUUUGUGGUGUGAAGUGGACAAGGAAUAAGGACUGCAGAGCGGUUGUAAUGCGUUACUUUCCUAGAUGUGGUGCUUAUAGUGUAUUUAAUUCAUUACGUGUAAAUUAAGACAAUAAAACCGAUUCCCCACGUGACGCCUUGUCAUUGUUUUAGAUUAAGUGUUCCUUGAACCUAAAUUUUCCGUUCUUUUGUGUAAGAAAUAUUUAACGAAGAGCUGUUGUUUUUACAGAACUGAGGACCUGGUGCCUGACCCCAGCCGGGGGGAAGGAUAAGAGA